GCUAGAAAUGAUGGUGAUGGUGGCGAGGCGAGUUUUCCGGAGUGUACUGCACUGUUCUCUUUAUCGUAUUUUUGACAGGUUCAUGUAUUACGUUUGUGAAUAAUUGUACAAAACAAUGCCGAGAACUAAGUCUAGACGGGUCUCUGUGAUUUCGAUGUAAAAAUCGAAGUCCCUAACCGGCGGAUAAAGUUUCAUCAGGUCAUCACUGUUGCCCUAUGAGUAAUAUUUUGGAAAAUUGUAAAAAUGGCAGCGGAAUACAGCAGAAACGUAUUGAGAGUAGUGGUGGCUCAAAUAUGUCAAACGAUCGGAUGGCACUCAAUAAAUUCUACGCCGUUGGAAUUCUUGGUCGAUCUCAUGCAGGAAUACCUAACGAGGACAGCUAAAUUGACUCACCAAUAUGCCGAAGUCUUGGGAAAAACUGAACCGAACCUCGAUGAUCUUGGAUUAGCCUUUCAGCACAUGAAUAUAGACAUUCAAGAACUAGCAGAAUACGUUAAAAAUGUUGAUUCAGUCCCGUGCGCAGUCGAGGUACCUAAAUUUCCUGUACCUCGCGAAAGUCAUAUGAAUUUUUUGAAGCCAGGAAGCAGAGAGGUCGUUACUAGACCUGUUCACGUUCACGAACACUUGCCAGCUAUGUACCCUGACACAGAAGAUGAAUAUCCUUCAACUAAGUCUGAAAACCCAUCUGAAACAACUCCAGAAGUUACGUCUUUGAACGGUUCUCCACCCGGUGGAUCAGCGAACGUAUCGCCACAAAGUACUUCGCCGCAAGUGGUUUUCAAACGCCCUGGCGAUCCAGUGUCUCUUGAGAGUCCGAUAGCUAAAAGACCAAGAGUAGUUGAGGAAGGUAGACCGCUGCGCGAGAUUCACAGCGUGAUGAUGACUACUUCGGGGUUUUUGUCUCCUGCUAGGGAAGGAAAACUUCCGGAAGCUCGAACACCUCAGCAAGCUCGAUCAGAUUCUCCGUCGCCAAGCUCAUAUCCGAUGGUUCCCCCUGAAUUGAAGUGCGAGAAAAAGCCAAAGAAAAUUGUAAAUAAGAAGAGUGGAGAAGAUAAGAAACUCGAUAAAGAAAAUAAGAAGAAGGACAGAGCAAAGGAGCUCUUUAAACCAGAUAAAAUUGAUGAUAGUAAAGUUAAGAAAUUAGCUGGCAUGAAGGAGCUUGCCAAAUUGAAAGCCCUCAAGCCAGGUGGCGGCAAGGGCCAAACAGGGAUAGCUGGUCCCUCAGCGCGGCCCUCGACACCUAAACUUUCGCCCCCAAAACCCGCCGGGAGUCCGAAGCCUCCUAAAGUUGUGCAGCCAAAAACAAAGGUAGAAAAAUCUGAACCAAUAAGCAGUGGCGUGGUGCAAGAAAGGAAAGAAGAGAAGGUAGACAAGUUGCCGUCCGAGCCUGACAAGCAGAAGCUCAAUAUUUUCAAGAAAAUCUCAAAGCCCCGCGACGAUAAGGAGAAGGAAACUCCAGAGAUUAAGCACAAGGAUUUGGACUCGCGUGAAAGUUCGCCAGGUUUGAUAAUCGACGAGAAUAUCGAGAAGCUGAACAGAAAAAAUGACGUGGAGGUGAAAACUGAGGAGAAGAAGACGCCCCAUACACCUGAUGUACAUGUACAACCUGAUUCCGGGGAUCCAACUGGUCUUCAAAGCCCGUCCUCUGACAUCUACAUGUUCGAUGACAUGUCGCCACCGGGCACUCCUAGUACACCAAAAACUCCCGAACUUAACGUACCUGUGGUUACGGAUCAGAAAAAGAAACGGAAAGAGAAGGGAAAGAAAAAGGAAACUAAAUUAAAAAGUCCCAAGCAAUGCAUUAGUCCAAAAAAGAUCAAAAUGUCUAACGAUUUGGUGGAGCCGGAUACACCGGAGAGGCCAAAGACUCCGCAGGCACCAGAACCACCACUUAGAGAAAUGGGACUGCCUCCGACAAUGCCGUUUCCAUUUUUCCCAACUUUUCCACCAGCUCCUGGUCUUAUCCCACCUCCCAUGGGUCACCCAUUGUUUCCGAGGUUUCCUCUUCCGCUGGGCAGAGGAGCGCCGCAUCCUGCAAUGCCCAACUUACCGUUGCCCCCAAGAUUCAUUGGACUGAAUGCGAAAGUGGACGACUUUCCACCUCCGAAACCUAAGCCUUCUGAACGAGAGAAACCGCUGCCUAUACCAACGAUGCCCAGCUUACCUAUUCCGCCAGCUAAGCCCGAAAAACCCGAAAAAGAGAAACCGGAAAAGGUCCCAAAAAUCUCUAAACAUGACAAGGAGUUGUUGGCUCAACCCAUCGCCCCAACCCUGCAACCUUCGAAUCUAGUUUUACCUAUAAUAAAUAAUAAUUUUGUGAGCAAUCCCUCUUUGCUUACACCAAAGAGCCCAAAAGUUGAUAAAAUUGACAAGAAAUUGAAAGAGCACAAGAAAGAAAAGAAAGAUAAGCUUAAAAAGAAGAAAGAGAAGAAAGAGAAGCAUAAAGAAAAGGGAGAGAAGAAUAAGGAGAAAAAAGAAAAGAGCGAGAAAAAGGAAAAAGCUGAGAAGAUUAAGGAAAAGCGAGAGAAAAAAGAAAAACGCAAAGACAAAGACAAAGAGGAUAAAGCCGAAGGUGUGCCUAAAAUCACGCUGAAACUGGGUCCAGCAUCUCCUAGACCACCCACACCUGAUACGACACCUUUAACGAAAAUAACGAUAAAACCGCUGCUGAAGAAACCUGACGACGAAGUUAAACGCGAACCAAGUCCAGAAUUGGCUAAGAUAUCGGCGUUGAUAACUCGGCCACCAAAGCAGAAGUCAACAAGUAAGAGAAUGGAGGAUGGGCUUUUAGACGCCAGCCCUACCUUUUCUUCUGAUAUCAAUGUUACGGCCCAUAUUUCCUCAGCUACGACACCUCGGGCUAAAAAAUCCCUAUUCAAAACACUUCCACCCAGAGAAUCGUCAGUUUUAUCCUAUUCCGAAACACCCGAUAUUCCAAGUCCUCCAUUGCCUCAACAACGAGCAGCGUUUUACUUCGAUCAAGAGGGAAGACAAGUAUGGAUAUGUCCCGCGUGUGGAAACCAGGACGAUGGUACUCCUAUGAUCGGAUGCGACGAUUGCGACGCUUGGUAUCAUUGGGUUUGCGUAGGCAUGCAAGUACCUCCGGCAAAGAACGAGGAUUGGUAUUGUCGUUUGUGCAUAGCUAAAAAGCAAGAGCUUCAUCAUGACAAGAAGAAGAAGAAGCGUAAGAAAAAAGUGAAGGUGACUGCCUAGUAUAAGCUAACCGGGCCCGGUGCAAGGCCCGGUUUACCCAGCCAAUCUGCGGCUAAGGUCAAGCUAAAGGGUGGCAAUAAAAUUAGCAUGAAAGGGGUCGGUAUGAAGGGGAAAAAGGUGUCCAAAAAGGAACUCAAAGUACAGAUGAAAGGGUUUAAAACAAAAACUGGAAAGCCUAAAACAAAGGGUAAAAAGAGCGGAUUGAAAAUGCAAACAGUCAAGAAAGGUAAACGACUUAAGGACAUUUCCGCAGUGUAGAAGAGUACAAAGGUGAAGAAGAA